AUGCCUAGCGUAUCCACAUCUCCUCUCUUGGACACCUCAGACAUCGAGCUUUUGCGGCGAAAGCUGGCUGACGACGUCCGCAUCGAGCGUUAUGUUCCUUUAGCCCCUCCUGCCUUGGUGCAAUACGAGAUUCCACACACCGCCAACAGCCUUCUCACUGUCCUGAAUAGUCGCAUCGAGGCUCGCGACAUCAUCCGUCGAAAUGACGAUCGACUUUUGGUUCUAGUCGGUCCCUGCAGCAUCCACGACCCGGAGUCUGCUAUCGAAUAUGCAUCCCGUCUUCGCCUUCUGGCGGAUGAGCUUCGGGAUGACCUCUGCAUUGUCAUGAGGGCGUACCUAGAGAAGCCUCGCACAACCGUUGGCUGGAAAGGCCUCAUCAACGACCCCGACGUCGACGACACCUUCGACACCAACAAAGGCGUGAGGGUGUCCCGCCAACUCUUGGUCUCGAUUACGGACCUGGGCGUUCCUGUGGCAUGCGAGAUGUUGGAUACGAUAUCGCCUCAAUACACCGCGGAUCUGAUCAGUGUUGGCGCUGUGGGAGCCCGCACAACCGAAUCGCAGCUGCACCGCGAGCUGGCAUCUGGUCUUUCAUUCCCAGUUGGUUUCAAGAAUUCCACAGAUGGCUCCGUCGGUACAGCUGUAGACUCAUUGAAAUCCAUGCGUGGCCGUCAUCACUUCAUGUCCGUCACCAAGCAGGGUGUUAUUGCUACCACAAGCACCAAGGGUAACGAGGAUGGCUACGUCAUCCUACGUGGUGGUUCGCGCGGAACAAACUUCGAUGCUGCAUCGGUUCAAGCCACUCGCGAGCUCCUCCGCUCCAAGAAUGAGCGGGAAGUGCUCAUGAUUGACUGCUCUCAUGGCAACAGCUCGAAGAAUCACCGAAACCAGCCCAAGGUCCUGAAGGUCAUCGAAGAGCAGCUUCGCCAGGGUGAGGAUGCCAUCAUCGGAGUGAUGGUUGAGUCAAACAUCCGCGAGGGUAACCAAAAGCCACCCUCCAAGGGCCUAGAGGGCUGUGAAAAGGGCGUCAGCAUCACUGAUGCAUGCAUUGACUGGGAGACCACGGAGCAGUCCAUGCGUUCCCUGGCCCAUGCUAUCCGAGAUCGCCGCACCCGGGCUUCUACUGGCAAAAACUAA